UUGAUGCACAGCCACCACUGAAACAAUGUCUCGCAACCCCCCGCAACCCCUGGCCACCAUUCCCAAGGCCGAUGAGAUCGUCCCCAUGGUCAAGCGCAUCCUCGCGACCCAGCGCGCCGCCCGCGAACAUGCCGCCGCGACCACCCCCCCUGCGGAGGCCACAUUCGCCAGCGUCAUUGCACCAUUCCUUGCGGCUGACGACAGUACGCAAGGAGAAACUGGGGUUUUCACCCUGCUCCGCUUCUCCGGACCGGACAAGGCCACUCGGGAAGCCGUCGAGGAGGGGUUGAGGCUCUGGUCCGCGUCGACGGCGGAGAGGUUGCGGAUGACGGAAGUGUAUCGCCUGAUUCAGGCUGUCAGGGACAGGAACGAGGAGCUGGGAUACGAAGAGCAGAGGAUCUUGGAGGAUCUGUGGUUGGAUUAUCGCGAGGCCGGGCAUGGCACUCUCGAUGAUGAGGGAAUUGCGGUUUAUCUGCAACGGAGGGAGAGGGUUGAGAAGUUAAAGGAGGAUUUCCGGCGGAACUUGUAUCAAGGGGGCGGCGGGUUGUGGUUUGACGAAGCAGAGUUGGAGGGCGUUCCGUUACAGGAGACGGAGAAGUGGAAACUUGGGAGAGAGGACGUGUCGGAGGAAAGAGGGAAGAGGUUCGUGACGUUAGAGAGGGCGGACUAUGAUGCUGUCUUGCGGCACGCACGCGACCCUGACACGAGGAGGCGGAUGUAUGUGGCGUCCGACAACAGGUUCCCGGAGAACGUGCCGCUUUUCAAAGAGAUGCUGGUGUUGAGAGACGAGAAUGCGAGGUUAUUGGGGUACAAGAGCCACGCGGACUUCCGCAUGGAGAGGAAGAUCGCGCCGUCAACGGAAUGGGUAGAGGGGUUCCUUGGGCGGCUGAGGGAGGAGCUGAUGCCGAGAGGGAGAGAGGAGAUGAAGAGGCUUGAGGCAAAGAAAAGGGAGCAUCUCAAGGAACUUGGCGGCUUGACUGCGGGCUCGGAAGACGAAGCGAAGGUUUUGCCGUGGGAUUUUGAGUAUUACACUCGUCUUCUCGAGGAGGAGGCCGACGUCGACCAAAAGAGUAUCGCAGAGUACUUCCCACUGCGGCAUACGUUGUCCGCAAUGCUGGGUCUCUUCACCGUUUUCUUGGGGCUGGAGUUCGUCUCGAUCCCCGAAGAGGACCUGGCUGGGAAGGUCUGGGACAAGGGGGUGGAGGUUUGGAGUGUCUGGGAAGGGAGGGGGGAGAGGAAGGGGGAGUUCGUGGGAUACCUUUAUGCUGAUAUCCUCUGGAGAGAGGGCAAGUAUCGGACUGCGUGCAAUGUCAACUUGCAAUGUGGAUAUGUCAAGGAGGAUGGCAGCAGAGUAUACCCCGCAACGGUCCUCAUGUGCGCCUUUCAACCCCCGACGGCAGCUUCAUGUGCGUUGUUGAAGCACCGCGAGGUGGUGACCUUGUUCCACGAACUCGGCCAUGGUCUCCAUGACCUCGUCAGCAGGACGCAGCACACCCGAUUCCACGGCACGCGCGUGGCGCCCGAUUUCGGCGAGGCGCCCAGCACGAUGCUGGAGAAGUGGUGCUGGAUGCCUGACGAGCUGGUCAAGAUGAGCCGGCAUUACACGCGGGUGAACCCGGCGUACAUGUCGAAAUGGAGAGAGGACCAUCCUGCCGGCGGGGAGCCGCCACCGGAAAAGAUCCCGGAAGCCCUUGUGGCGAGGUUGGUAGAGAGCCGGGAGUUGAAUCGUGGACUGUGGUUUCUACGGCAGCUGGUCUUUGCGAUGUUUGACAUGGCUGUCAAUAACCAAGAAUCCACCAAGGCUUUGAGCGAACUUGACUUCGUCAAGUUCUUCAACGACCUCCAGGACUGCCUUACCUUGAGGCCUAACCCAGAUAAACGGGGCUAUGGACUUGUUCAUUCCACACAUCUCAUCGCGCUUUACGACGCGGGAUACUACGCUUAUCUAAGCGCCCAAGCAUUCGCGGCAGACUUUUUCGAGACGUGCUUCGCCCGGGACCCUCGCAGUCCGGAGGCGUGGGACAGGUACCGGCGACAGAUCCUGGAGUGCGGCGGUAGUAGGAACGCGAUGGAGAUGAUGACGGAGUUCCUCGGCCGGGAACCUGGCCCGGGUGCCCUGCUGCAGAGUCUUGGCUCAACGAAGGAAGACAAAAAACCUCUGGGCUCUUGAAUUUGCGCUGGGAUUCUGUCGACUGGAAACUGGACUCCACUGUUUUGGUUCUCCGGCCUGCGCUUGGUUGGUUAUACUGGUAUCCCAAUUGUGGUCUGGAAUCCCCAAAUUGACGACGUUCAAGCAUCUCAAGACGAUGGCUCUAGUUGAGUAUGGGAUGGGACUCAAAUGGCCAAACUUAGGAGAUGAUCUCAGUACAUUUCUAGUCGCAAGAUACACAGAUCAUUUCUGAACAGAUACUCCGACAAACUGGUACGUCUUCUUGAGGUGGCUCCGCAGUUGGACCGGAUGGGAGAACACUUCAUUUUGCCUCAUUUCGUGGUACUAAAGUUGGAACAUCACGUAUGAGACCACUUAGGCAAGUGAAUGCCUAUUUGAUGAGAAUAGUCAAAGUUACAGUGCUUGGUAGAUGGCAAAAACCGCCGGACACUUCAUGUUUCCCGUUGCCGGCAGACGCGGGGAAGGGGCUUACCAACCACGAAACGGCCGAUGGACCACUUUUCGUCUUCCG